UUAUUGGUACAGUUGUUUAAUUCGAUUCAGAAGCUUUGGAAUCAUGUACACUGUACAGCCAUUGCAACAACAAUGGCAAAUUCCAGAGCCUCCCAGUACAAUUUAAAGGCACGUGGAAAAAAAAAAGUGAGUUUGGGCAUCUACCCAUCAAAACCCAAAUUGCCCGCAUUCCUUCCUGUGUGUACCACACGUCUGUUUGCACUCUGUCCGCUCUUGAGUAAGCAAUGGAUUUUUUGUUCAAGGGAGUAAAUGAAGGCGCAUCUGAUUGUCACUUUGAUGAGAAAACCAUUCAGAGAUGCCCAUUUCUGCGUCACAUCAACAAGCCGACUAGCUUUUCCUUAUUUUCAGUGAAUUUUCCCAGUCCUGAGAGGGUAGCCAAAGGUCCAAUUUUUGAAGAUGGUCCAAAUUUUGAUAUGGCAUUUAAGAUGUUUCAUGGGAAAGAUGGGGUUGUUCCGCUCUCAAACAAGUCUGAUUUCCAUGAUGACAUUUUGGAACCUGACUUUACACCCCAGUUCAACCCCUUAGCAGCAAAUGCUGCCACUAUUAGUUUAUCUGCAUUUGGUCCUGGUGGCCCCUUUGGUUUUGGUUCGUUCCAUGAUAAGUGGAAGAAUCAGAAGAAGAAAUCUGAAUCAACCAACAAAAGUGAUCCAUCUUCUAAGAAAGGAAAUACCUCAAAACAUGGGUCACUGGGAAAUGAGUGGUUAGAAACAGGGAACUGUCCAAUUGCAAAGUCUUAUAGAGCUAUUAGUCAUGUACUCCCGCUUGUGGCAUCAACUCUUCAACCGCCGCCUGGUGUGACGCUUAGAUGUCCACCUGCUGUAGUUGCGGCACGGGCUGCCCUUGCACGGACUGCCCUGGUUAAAACCUUGCGACCUCGGCCACUACCUGCGAAGAUGUUUGUCAUUGCAAUCUUGGGCAUGGCAGUAAAUGUGCCUUUAGGCGUGUGGAAGGAACAUACUAAGAAGUUUUCACUAUCAUGGUUUGCAGCAGUGCAUGCAGCUGUGCCCUUCAUAGCUAUGCUUAGGAAGUCUGUUGUGAUGCCUAAAACUGCUAUGGCACUGACUAUUGGAGCUUCCAUCCUAGGGCAGGUUAUUGGUUCUAGAGCUGAGAGGCACAGGCUUAAAGCAGUAGCUGCGAAGGAUAGGGUAGCAGCAGAAACAAUGAUUGCUGCUGCAGUUGCAGGGUCUAGUUCAACCCAGGUUGGUAGCAUUGCAGGUGUUCAUUGUGGUACAGAAGAGAUGACAUGGGAUCCGAUGUGUAUCAAGGCUGCUGGGCCCACUUCAUCAAAUAAUGUGUGUUGCUAACAUAAUGUGUGUUGCUAACAUCACAAGUUGUAACUAGAGAGUGAAAUAAAACUUACAUCCACCAUCCAUAGCUGGUGACGGCAAAUCCUGCAGUUCAGUGUAUACUUGCUGUGUAUUCCUUGUGCUCUUUAUAUAACAAGAUGUAUUAAUGAUGAUCCAACACAGUUGUGCACAGUGCGUUUUGUUCUUGAAAUAAAUAUGUUAGUCUUUAUGAAA